AUGACAUAUUUUGACAAAAUGUUCAUCCUAUUAUUAGUGGUGUAAAUAUUCUUAAUAUUAUAAGAAAAGUACAAAGUUAAUGCUAAUUUUUAACAUUUAUGCCACUUAUAAAUCCAUCAGACCCUAAAGAAGUAUUUGAACAAAGCCUAUAGGAAGAAGUUGUUUAAGGCUAAAAGAAUGUAGGAUUUGGAGUUUGGAUUAAAUAUCAACCAUUUAUUGAUAUGACAGAUUUGAGUAUGUAUCCUAAUAUACUACAAUAGCCGAUAGGACUUCCUAAAUAGUUACAUCUACAAAUGGUUAAAUUAUUAUUCAGGGAGGAUAGUUUAUUUAUUCUAUGGAAUAAAGUGUCAAUAAGUUUAAAAUGGUAGUUGUUUCAAUUAAAAUUGAUACAACUGCCUAAACUAUAUAGCAUAAUAUAUUUUAUUCUUUUAAAUCAUCCAUAAAUACUUUAUCUUUUACAUUUGAUAGUACAAUUUAUGAAGGUUUAUGGGUGAUGUUUUAUGCAUAUUAUGAUUAGAUUUUAGGAAAAUCUACAUUCGGAUAUUAUAAUACUUUAGAAAACAUACCAUCAUAAACUAUAAAUGAUAUACCUCCUUUUGUAGUUCACAUAAAACAUAACAUAGGUGGGUUUUAUCAAUAUACAAAUUAAGAUGGAGCAAUUGUUGUAUUAAAUCAAUUUACUGGUUUCAUGUCUACUACAUUUACAACUAAAGAAGAAAAUAUGUUUUCAAAUCUUGCAUCUUGUGACAAUAUUCUUGAAUAUGAUACUUGUUAUGAUUAUUCAUACAUUGUAAGUGAAAAAAAUAAAGCAAUGAAUGGUAUAGAUAUUAUUAGAAUGUCAACAUAUUCAAUUAGAGAUCCUAGGUAUGUAUUGAAAGGAUGGCUUAUACUUGAAUAACUAAGCUAAGCAGAAUUAAAAACUGUGAUAUUUAGAAUAACAAUCAAUAAAGAUUAUAGUGAUGAUAUGUAUAUUGGAGAUAGGGAAGUUCAUCUUUAAUAUUUUUAAAGUAGUUUACCCUUUAGAAAUGGUUUUGAAAUUUCAACAUAUUCUUAUACAUUCCCAGCAAAAGGAAGGUAUAAGACAUAAGAAGAUCACAAAAUUACAAAAUUUGAAGAAUAAUUUUCAGAAUUAUUUAUAAAAUGGCAUUAUUUCUAAUAUGAAAUUGGAACUUAAAAUAAUAAUGGAAAACCUAUGCUCUCUUUAUAUUUUCCUACAAUUUAAUAACUUCAACAAUAUAAAUGGUCUCUACCUGUUAAACAUUUUACAGGAGUAGUGUAUUAUGUAUCUUUAGGAGGAGAUGAUUAUUCACAAAGAAUAAUGAAAGGAUAUGUGAGUGAUGUAGUAAUAGAAAUAUUCUGUUAACCAGUUGAAGCAUUAUUAAUUCCAUCAUGUCAUUAUACUUGUUUAACAUGUGAUGGUCCAACAUAAUAUAAUUGUUUAAGUUGUCCUGAUAAUAGUUUUAGAUAACUUUAAGAAACUGAAAAGACUUGUUUUUGUUAAUAGAGAUUUGUUGAUUAAGAUGGUUAAUAAGAAUGUAAAUCAAUUUAUUAGGCAUUUCCUCAUAUUACUAAAAGUGAAGUUGAAUUGAAAUGUUCAAAACCAGGAUAUAGUAAUUGUGUUAAUCAAAAUAUUGAAUGUAAUUUUGGAUAUUUUUAAUUUGAAUAAAAUUGCAUUUAAUGGUAAUAUAUUUGUCUAUUUUAGUCCAAAUUAUUUUGAUAUUUUUACUAGAACAACACUAGCAUGCUUUGAUUGUAUAAUUGAACCAAAGAAAUUUGCAAAAACACUUAAAUGUACUCAAGAUGCAUAAACUUAUCAUUCUCAAACUGAAUAUACGUUUACUAUUUCUAAAAGAAAUAUUAAUGAUGUUAGUUAUUUUGAAAUUACAAAGGAUGGAAAUAAAAACUAUACUAUUAAGUUAUGCAAAGGAUUUAUAGGGAAAGAUACUUGUAAAGAAGGAUAUUUUUAUGAAAAUAAUUAAUGCAAAUAAUGUUUAGAUGGUUGUUAAACUUGUAUUUCUAAUUAUAGAUGUAAUGAAUGUUUACCAGGUUUUUAUUCUGACUAUGAAAAAUUAUGUCAUAAAUGCCUUAAUUGUAAAACUUGUUUAUUAAAUAAUGGAAUUGUGUGGUGUAAUACUUGUUAUGGAACAUAAGAAUUAUAAUUUGGUAAAUGUAUAUCAUGUGGUGUUAAUUGUAAGAGUUGUAAUUCUAAUGGAUAUUGCAACUAUUGUAAUGGAUCACCCUCUUAAUAUUAUAUAUCUUUUGAUGGUAAAAAUUGUGAACAAUGUAAUAUUGAAAAUUGUAUUUAUUGUUUUCAAUAUAUGAUAAAUGGAGGAGUCUAUACUUCUACUUUAGAUAUUUAAUUUAAUAUAAUAAAUUUUGAUGUUAGAUAAGUGUUUUUAGGUUGUGCUUUGUGUAAAUAAAACUAUUAUUUUAAUUAAAGUACUUAAAAAUGUGAAUUGAAACCAGUUAAUGAAGAUUGUGAUUUUGCAUUAAUUUUAAAUGAUUCUACUCAAAAAUGUAUAAUUAGUUCAAAUAAUAAUGAUGCUGUCUAAUAUAUUGAUUGUCCAACUCUAUAAUUAUGUAAAUAAUGCAUUAAAAAUUAUAUUGAAAGUGAUAGUUUUUGUAUUUUAUGUGAAGAUGGCUAUUAUUCUGGUGUUUUAACAGGCUAAUGUUAAUAAUGUAUACAUACCUGUAAAACUUGUAUUCAAUAAAAUAAGUAAUAUCGUGAUUUCUGGAAAUGGUAAAUUAAAGCCUUUUAUCGAUUCUUUCUGAAUUCUAAUAAUGAUCAUUCUUUUGAAACCUAUGCUUCCACUAAUGCAGAAGCUGAUCUAGAAUUAAUAUGUACUUCAUGUUAAAUAGGAUAUGUUUUGCAUUUAAAUAAAUGCAUCAAGGAUUGUGAUGAAAACUGUAAAAAAUGUGAAAUUAUAAAUGAAAAAUCUAUUUGUGUUUAAUGUUAUGAAACUUCAUCAGGGUUUCUUAAAAGCUUAAAUGCUUUAGGUUCAUGUUUAACAUGUCCAUCUAAUUGUUUAGCUUGUUUAGAAAGAUCUUUAGAAGAUAUUUAUGCUAUAAAUCCUUAUUUUAUUUUAACUAAUUCAAAUGUCUAAUUUACUCGAAAAUGUUAUGAGAAGUCAAAUAAGAUUAAUUUAUAAGAAAACUAUUUUUAUGAUUACUUCACUUAGAUAAUAUCAAUUUGCAACUAAAAUAUUUAAUGUUAUAAUAAAAUUUAAAUUUAAUAAAAUAUCUUUUGUGAUGAGGAUGAUUAUUUUUACAAAGAAAGAGAAUCAAAUGAUGAAUUUUUUAUCUAAAAAAAUAUUAAGAUUAAUCAAUUUUUAGAUGAUACUUACUUUGGUUCAUUUGAAACAUCUUCUCUCUAUUAAUAUUUAAAUGAGAUAUCAGUUAGAUAUGUUGAAUAUUAAUUUACAUUUAUUUAAGGAAAUCAACCUAAUUGUCAGUUUAAAGAUGAAUUUAAAAUUUAUUCAACCUUAUAAUAAAAUGUAUUUGCUAUAUAAUAAGUUGAUUUAAUAUUAAUUGGAUAAAGUAAUCCAACCCAAAUAUAAGUUCCUAUUGAAUUUAAAAUUAGUAAUUAUACUACAGUUACUUUUCAAAAUAUCAAGUUUAACAUUGCAAAAAAUCAAGAUAUACUAAAUACUUACUCUAUUUUAUCUUUGUUUAAUAUGAAAUCGAAACUAAAUUUAAAAUUGAUAAACUGUGGUUUUAUUACUUAGAAUGAAACUGAUAAAAAUUAUUCUUUUACAAUCAAUUCAAAUAUUCCUUAUUCAUUAUAUAUAUAAGAUUUAAUUAUUUCUAACUUUUACAUUUACCAUUCUGAUAUUUUCACAUUAAAAGCUCAAUAAAACAUUAUAUAGAAUAUUAUUGAAAUACAUAAUGUUAUUAUAAAAGACUCUUAUUUUUUCAAUUCAACUUUCAUAAAAUAUUUAGCUCAACUGAAUGACUUAUCUUUAAAUUCAGAAAUUAGUGAAAUUUAAAUUAAAGAUACUAAAUUUAUAAAAUCAAAUUUUAUUUAUAGCAGCAGUUUAUUAAAUUAUACAAUUGGAUCAUUAGAUAUUAAUUCUAUUACUGUUGAAAAUACAAUGUUAAAAUGGAAUUCAAAUUUUCUUGUACUUUCUUGUGCUGAUUAGUCUCUAAUAUCUAACUUAAUUUUAAAUAACUCAAUUCUAGAUUUUGGUUCAAGCUUUUAUUCUUCAAACAUAAUAAAUCUUCAAAACAUUAUUAUCAAUAAUACAAGUAUUAUAAAUAGUAGUUUAAUAACUAAUAAAGUAGAUUAUACAAAGUCUAAUUAUGCAUUAUUAUCAUCAUCAAAUGUAUUUCUGAAGAAUUUAUAAAUUCUUAAUGUUUAAUAUGAAACUUAAUAGUAAAUUUUAGUAAUCAUUUAAUAUGAUGAAAUAAGUAGUUUAAAAUUUUCAUUAAUAGAAUUCAUAUUACAAAAUUGUUAAAUAACUUUUAAAAUUUAAACUUAGUAGAUUUCUUACGAAAAUUCAAUGAUUUAUAUUGAAUGUUAAAUUUGUUUUUUGGAAAAUAUUAAAAUAGUUAGAGGAUAUGGAUUACCAGAAAUAACUUUAAUGAAUUCAGAAAAAUUGGAUAUUAAAAAUUUAGUUAUAUCAUAAAAUUCAUAAUUUUUACCAAAAGCUCUACAUUCUUCUUUUGAAUGUGUAAAUUAAUUUGCUAUUUUAAAUAUGCACUUUUUCAUAUAUAUUGGAUAAUAUAAGGAUGUACUUAUUGAUUAAGUAAGUGUUUAAAAUUGCUUAAGCUUUAAUAGUCCAUUUAUUAUAUUCUAAGGAUAUGAUAUUAUGUAAAAGUUACUUACUGAAACAAUUAUUAUUUAAAAUAUCAAUUUUAUUGAAAAUAUUCUCAUUAUUUAUGAUUCAAAUCAGCAUACAUCUUUGAUUUCAAUUGAGUCUGAAUAAAAAUCGAAUAUCAUUUUAUCUCUUGCAUAUUUUGCUUACAAUCAUUUAAAUGAAUAUUUAUAGGAUUUAACUAGAGUUUCAGCUACAACAAUAUUCAUUACAUUAUAAUAAGGUAUAGUUUUAAUGGAUUAAUGUUAAUUUUUCUAAAAUAUUGUUACUAAUUCUAGUGAUGCAAUCCUUUAUAUUAAAUCAUCAACUUUGUAAUUAUAAAAUUCUUAAUUUUAAAAUAAUGGUUUUAUUAAUCUAUCUAAAAUUAGUAAGCAUAUACUAUUUUCACCAUCUUAAGAUUAAAAUAAGAUGGAUUACUCUUCCAUAUUUUAAAUUAAAUCUAAUGGAGGAAAUGGAUUAUUUAUUAUCCAAACCUUAAAUGUAAAUAAUAUUACUAUUAAUACAUCCUACUCAUAUAAUGGUGGAGGAUUUUUUAUUGCGACUCAAGGAGUAAGUACAAUAAAAAUAGCUAAUUCAUUUUUUUACAAUACAAUGUCUUCCUUAGAUGACUCAGUUUAUGCUAUAGGUGGAUGUUUAUUUAUUGAUGCAUCUUCUUCACAAAUCACUUUUAAAUUACAUGAUUCUAUAAUUGAUACAUCAUAUAGUCGUCAUGAUGGAGGAGUUAUUUAUAUUACUCCAUCACUCAGUUAUAAUUACAUAGACAUUUAUAAUUUAAUUGUAAGAGAAUGUUUUUCAUUUUAAAAUACAUUUUUCUCAUAUACUCUUUCUAAGAUAGAAACAAUUUAAUCAAAUGUUAUUUUUAAGAAUAUACAAUUUUAUACAACUGAAGAUGGUUUUUAAAAAUACUUUUCUUUAAUUUAAGAUUUAUCAGAAGAUGAUGCUUCAAAUAUUGCUCAUUCUAAUCCAAUGAUAUUUAUAUAAUAUGGAAACAUUAGUAUAAUUAAUUGUAGCUUUCUUUCUACUUUUAUGUAAUUCCUAAUUAAGAUUGAAUAAGCUGAAAAUAUUAUUUUUUCUAAUGUAAAAGUAAUUAAUAGUACUGUUUUAUAGUCACCAAUAUUCAAACUAAAUUUAAGAACAUGUAAUAAAUCAAUUAUAUUAUUAUUUAGAAUUUCGUGGAUAGUUAUAAAUUUCUAAUUUAUAAUUAACUAAUGUCAUUCAAUAAACAAAAAACUAUACCAAUUAUUGCACUUAAUUAAAUAGUACUUUUCAUUUUGAAUUGCAAUGUCCUUCUUAUUUACAUUAAAUUCCUUUAAAAUUGUAUGAAAUAGAUUAAACAAAAUAAAAAGAAAUGCAAUUAAAUUGUAAUUAACUCUUAAUAUACUCAAAUAAAUAAUUUAAUUACAGUUUAAUUGAAAUAGAUAACUUUAAUAUAACUCAUUAAUUAAAAGUUGCAAAAAUGGAGUUAUCAAAUAUUUUAUGUGAAAACUGUUAAUUUGGAAUAUUUAGAAUUCUUGAUAUUUACUAAUAGGAUAAAUAAAUAAUGAAGUUAUCUUAAAUUACUAUUAAAAAUAGUAGAUGCGGAAAUACAGGUUGUCUCUCAAUUAUAAAAAGUUUCAAUGAAUAAAUCUUCAAAAAGAAUUUAUUGGGACUGACUAGAAUACUUUAGUAACAUGAUUAUGAUAACCUAAAUUUUAAAUUAAACCAACAAAUUAAUAUUGAAGAUAGUUUAUUUUUUAAUAACACUUCAUUUUAUGGAGGAUCUAUAUUAAUAGUAGAACUUGGUACAUUAAUUAAGAAAUGCAUUUUUGAGAAUAAUUCAGCUUAAAUAGGAGGAGCUAUCUAUUAUUAUUCAUCAGAAAGUUAAAUUUUUCUUCUGGAUUCUUAAAUUAUACAAAAUUCUGCUAAAGUAGCUGGAGGAGUGUUCUUAAAUUAACAAUCUUUGUAAUUAACAAAGGAAUUAGAUUUUCAAUUGUUAAACAAUAAUUCCACUAUGUAUGGUUAAGAUGUGCUUGAAAAUCCUCGGUCAUUAACUCUUUCUAUAGAUGGAGGAUAAACACUAUUAUAAAAAUCAUAAGUUUAAGUAACUGAUAGCAGUAUUAUAGAGUAAAUUAUUAUUAAGCCUUAUAAAGUAUUAGGUUAUUCAUAAAAAAUGAUGUAUUUAACAUUCCCUUCUGGUAGAAUGAUUGGCACUUAUACAUAUUUUGAUUAAUAUACAUCUACUAUAAUUCCAUAUAAUCUAACAUUUAGGAUAAUAGCUUUAGAUAAGUUCAAUAAAUAAAAUAAAGGAUUAUCGAAUUCAUAUUGUACUAUAAAUCCUAUUGCCUUUAAUAUAUCUUCUCAAACUGAAGAACCUAAUGUUAAUUACAGUCUUUCUUAUUAAAAUGUUACAUUUAAUGAAACUUCUGGUGAUUACAAUUUAGAUAAUUUAGUAAUAUAUUUUAAACCAAAUUUAACUAAUAAUCUUGUUCUUAGAUUAUCUAUCGAAUGCAAUUAAAUAAUCAUCCCUUUAUAUAAUGAGGAACCUCCAUUUCAAAUCACUAAAAAUAUAANUACUCAAAUAAAUAAUUUAAUUACAGUUUAAUUGAAAUAGAUAACUUUAAUAUAACUCAUUAAUUAAAAGUUGCAAAAAUGGAGUUAUCAAAUAUUUUAUGUGAAAACUGUUAAUUUGGAAUAUUUAGAAUUCUUGAUAUUUACUAAUAGGAUAAAUAAAUAAUGAAGUUAUCUUAAAUUACUAUUAAAAAUAGUAGAUGCGGAAAUACAGGUUGUCUCUCAAUUAUAAAAAGUUUCAAUGAAUAAAUCUUCAAAAAGAAUUUAUUGGGACUGACUAGAAUACUUUAGUAACAUGAUUAUGAUAACCUAAAUUUUAAAUUAAACCAACAAAUUAAUAUUGAAGAUAGUUUAUUUUUUAAUAACACUUCAUUUUAUGGAGGAUCUAUAUUAAUAGUAGAACUUGGUACAUUAAUUAAGAAAUGCAUUUUUGAGAAUAAUUCAGCUUAAAUAGGAGGAGCUAUCUAUUAUUAUUCAUCAGAAAGUUAAAUUUUUCUUCUGGAUUCUUAAAUUAUACAAAAUUCUGCUAAAGUAGCUGGAGGAGUGUUCUUAAAUUAACAAUCUUUGUAAUUAACAAAGGAAUUAGAUUUUCAAUUGUUAAACAAUAAUUCCACUAUGUAUGGUUAAGAUGUGCUUGAAAAUCCUCGGUCAUUAACUCUUUCUAUAGAUGGAGGAUAAACACUAUUAUAAAAAUCAUAAGUUUAAGUAACUGAUAGCAGUAUUAUAGAGUAAAUUAUUAUUAAGCCUUAUAAAGUAUUAGGUUAUUCAUAAAAAAUGAUGUAUUUAACAUUCCCUUCUGGUAGAAUGAUUGGCACUUAUACAUAUUUUGAUUAAUAUACAUCUACUAUAAUUCCAUAUAAUCUAACAUUUAGGAUAAUAGCUUUAGAUAAGUUCAAUAAAUAAAAUAAAGGAUUAUCGAAUUCAUAUUGUACUAUAAAUCCUAUUGCCUUUAAUAUAUCUUCUCAAACUGAAGAACCUAAUGUUAAUUACAGUCUUUCUUAUUAAAAUGUUACAUUUAAUGAAACUUCUGGUGAUUACAAUUUAGAUAAUUUAGUAAUAUAUUUUAAACCAAAUUUAACUAAUAAUCUUGUUCUUAGAUUAUCUAUCGAAUGCAAUUAAAUAAUCAUCCCUUUAUAUAAUGAGGAACCUCCAUUUCAAAUCACUAAAAAUAUAACAAAUUAUAAAUUAUUAAUUGAUAUAAAAACAUUAAAAUGUUAAUUAGGUGAAUAUUAAAAUGAAACAACAGGUGGUUGUAUAUUAUGUGAUACAAUAUAAAAUUAAUAUUAAGUAAAAUGGAGUGCAUAAAAUUGUAAUUAUAAAGAUGAUUAAACUAUGAAAUCUAUAGAAUCUUCUAUGAUUGAAUUAAGAUCUGGUUAUUGGAGAGCAUAUUAUUAUUCUUAAACAAUAGAAUAUUGUUAUCAUUUAAUAUAAAAUUGUUAAGGAGGAUGGAAACCAGGUGAUUAAUCAUGUAUAUUAGGACAUAUAGGUGCAUUAUGUGAAUAAUGUGAUUUAUAUAAUAUAAUUGGUUAAGGUUCAUAUUCUGUAAGUUCUAAAUAUUCAUGUGGAAAUUGUGAUUAAAUUGCAUUUAAUAUCAUUACUAUUUUAUUAAUAAGUUUAUGGACUCUUAUUUCAACUUUGAUGUCUGUUAGUAGUACUGUUGAAAUGAUUGAUGAAUUUGUUAUUGGACUCAGAUUAAAAGCUUUUGGAGUAACUGUUGCCAUUAAAGAAGCUUCAACAGCUAUACUUAUAAAAGUGUUUACUAAUUAUUUAUAAAUUGUAUCUACAAUUUCUACUUUCCAACUUUAAGUUCCUAUCGGAUUGGCCUCAGUUGUUAAUAGUGUUGGCAAUCCUAUUGAAUCAAUGGCUUAUUCAUUAGACUGUUUCCUAGUAUCUAUUACUGACAUAUCAAUCAUUUAUUUCAGAAUAAUUUGGAGCCUAAUUAUGGCUGCUAUGUACAUUACGAUAUUUUUUGGGUUAGGUGGUGUUACUAUUCUAAUUAAACGUGCCAAGAUAGAUUUUUCUUACAUUUCUACUUCUCUCAUAUACUUAUUCAUUUAUUUAUAACCAAACAUUAUAGGAGGACUUAUUUCAUUAUUAUCCUAUAGAAAGAUUUCUGAUGAAUAUUGGAUCUAAGGUAAUGUAGCAUAUAGAUAUGAUACAAUAUCACAUGCCAAAUGGGUGAUUGGUUUUUGUUUUCCUCUUUUGAUUAUCUUUUGUUGUAUCCUUCCCUUUCUCUUAUGGUUUGGAGUACAUAAAAAUAAACAUUAAUUAGAUCUAACAAAAGUAAGAAGAACUUGGGGAUAUUUGUACAAUGAAUAUAAAACAAAUGCUUAUUAUUGGGAAACAAUUAAAAUUUUAUAAAAAGAGGUAAUAAUUAUUGUACUUGCAUAUUAUGAUGAUCACAUUGCAAUUAAAGCAUCUUUAGUAUUUUUAGUAUUAUUUGGAUAUAGCUAUAUGACAAUAUCAAAUAAACCUUAUAUGACUGGAUAAUUAAAUCAUCUAGACACUCAUUCUAUUGUAGUUUGUGCUGUUUCAAUCAUUUUGGGUAGUUCAAUAUAUACUGCUUAAUAAUAAAAUUUAUAAGAGAUAGUUUGGCCCUUUUAUAUUAUAAUUGGUAUUUUAAAUGGUUUGUAUAUUACUAAAAUGCUAUUAUAGAUUUUAUUUGCAUAUUUUAAAAAGCUAAAUGAUAAAAUUGAUAUUCUUAAAGGCUUUAUUACUAAGAAUUUUCCAAAAUUUGCCAAUUAACAUCCAUAUCUAAAGUAGAUCUUUGAAAGCCGUAAGACAUAAUAAAUAAGAAUCAAAGGAAGAUAUGCAAAAAUUCGAGAAUAUCUUUUCCCUUAAGCUAGAAAGAUAAUAGAGUUUAAAAAGUAUUAUUAUAUAUUUUUCUUUAAGGUAGAAUAACUUUGAAUUGCCCUGUAUGAUUGAUACUUAAAAAUCAUAAGAUAAAUAGAAUGAAAAUUAAGAAUUUGGUUAUGGAGAUAUAUAAAGUUUGAAUAGUCCCAAAUAAAGUGAAAUAAUUACUGAAAGACAAAAUUUAAAAACAUUAAUGAAGUAUCCAAAUAAUAUCUUGAAUGAGAGAUCAUCUGUUUUUUCGUUUCCAAGACCAGCUGGAAAUAGAAUACAUCCAGAAUCAGAUUUCGAAUUAGAAAGUGCAAGACAAAGUGCUGAUAGAUAGAUUAUUUGA